AUGAAUGUCACUCUCUGUCCCACACCAGCCAUCUUCAGUGCUCCUCGGCCCCCGCAACGGAUGCUGAUGGCCCUUGAGGCAAUGAAAAUUCUCAAAUGUGUUUUUUUUUUCCAUUUGCAGCCUAGAGGCAACCGAAAGCAUGGUGCAUCCUUUCUCAUCACAAAAGCAGUUCGAGAUCGUUUACUAUUUUUACGCCAGUACAUCUGGUACAGCCCUGCACCCUUUUUGCUUCCUGAUGGCCUGGUUCGCUUGGUUAAUAAACAGAUAAACUGGCAUUUGGUCCUUGCAAGCAAUGGAAAGCUUUUGGCUGCUGUUCAAGAUCAGUGUGUGGAGAUCAGGUCUGCAAAAGAUGAUUUUACCUCUGUUAUUGGGAAAUGUCAAGUUCCCAAAGACCCGAAACCACAGUGGAGGCGUGUGGCGUGGAGCUAUGACUGCACCCUGCUGGCCUAUGCAGAGAGCACGGGAACUGUGCGGGUGUUUGACCUCAUGGGAAGUGAGCUCUUCGUGAUUGCCCCGGCAUCGAGUUUAGCAGGUGAUUUGAGCUAUGCCAUUGCUGGGUUGAUCUUUUUAGAGUAUAAAGCCAGUGCACAGUGGUCUGCAGAGCUUUUAGUCAUCAAUUACCGAGGAGAACUUAGAAGUUACCUUGUAAGUGUUGGAACAAAUCAGAGCUAUCAAGAGAGUCACUGUUUCAGCUUCAGUAGUCAUUAUCCUCAAGGAAUCAACACAGCUGUCUACCAUCCUGGUCACAGACUCUUACUGGUUGGCGGAUGUGAAAGUGCUGAUGUGAGCACAUCAACGGCUUCUAGCUCCGGCCUUUCUGCCUGGAGAGUUCUCUCGGGAUCACCUUAUUAUAAGCAGGUCACCAGUGGUGGAGGCAGGGUCGCUGCCGUACCAAAGACACUGGGGUUAUUAAGGAUGUUAAGUGUCAAGUUCUACAGUCGCCCAGGACAAGAAAAGGAUGGGAUCUUUAAGAUGAGCCUCUCUCCAGAUGGAACCCUCCUUGCAGCCAUUCACUUCUCAGGGAAACUGAGCAUCUGGGCCAUCCCAUCCCUGAAGCUGCGAGGGGAGUGGAGUCAAAAUGAGCAGCCAGGCUAUGAUGACCUCAAUCCUGACUGGAGGCUCUCCACGGACAAGAGAAGAAAAAUCAAAGACAAGGAGUCAUUUUACCCACUCAUCGAUGUGAGCUGGUGGGCAGACAGCGCCGUGACGCUGGCUCGCUGCUCUGGGGCUUUGACCGUGUCCUCCGUGAAAACCUUGAAGAACCUACUGGGAAAGUCCUGCGAGUGGUUUGAACCCUCACCUCAAGUCACCGCUGCCCACGACGGGGGCUUUUUGAGUUUGGAGUGCGAGAUUAAACUUGCCCCCAAACGCUCUCGUUUGGAGACGAGGAGUGGAGAAGAGGGCGAGGGAGAGGAGGGUUCCGACUCUGACCAGGACACCUCCGCCAAGGCCCGCUACUUCGGUUACGUCAAGCAGGGCCUGUACCUAGUGACUGAGAUGGAGCGGUUUGCGCCACCGAGGAAACGCCCCCGAGCCAUCACUAAGCACUACCGCCUUGUGAGCCUGCGCUCCACCACGCCCGAGGAGCUGUACCACCGGAAGAUCGAGAGCGAAGAGUAUGAGGAAGCCUUGUCCCUGGCCCAGACCUACGGCUUGGAUGCUGAUCUCGUACACCAGAGGCAGUGGAGGAAGUCGGCAGUCAACAUUGCUUCAAUUCAGAACUACCUGAGCAAAAUAAAGAAACGGUCCUGGGUUCUUCACGAGUGUUUGGAAAGAGUCCCUGAAAAUGUGGAUGCUGCCAAGGAGCUGCUGCAGUAUGGGCUGACGGGCACAGACCUGGAGGCCCUGCUGGCAAUCGGGAGAGGAGUGGAUGAUGGCAGAUUUACGUUGCCUGGUGACAUAGACAUUGAGGGCAUCUCCUGGGAGGCGCUCGCCCCUGAGGACAAGGACCAGCCUGCGCAGGACGCACAGGAGAUGGAGCGCAGGAGGAGGCAAGAGCUGCUCACCCUAGUGCACUUUCCAGAGUUAACACUGGAACAGAAGGAGCUCUGCCGCUGCAGGCUGAAAUUAUUAACCUACUUAGACCGGCUGGCAACGUACGAGCACAUCCUGGGAGUGUCUCAUGCAUCUGAACAGAGAUAUGAUGCUGAAUUCUUUAAGAAGUUCAGAAGUCAGAAUAUUGUUCUUUCAGCGAGAACUUAUGCUCGGGAAAGUAAUGUCCAGGCCCUGGAGAUCCUGUUCACCUACCAUGGCUCUGACCUGCUUCCUCACCGCCUUGCGAUUCUCUCGAACUUCCCCGAGACCACUUCUCCACACGAAUACUCCGUUUUGCUGCCGGAAGCAUGUUAUAACGGUGACUCCUUGAUGAUUCUUCCUUGGCAUGAACGUAAACACCGAGAUGAAGAUUGGUGCGAGGAGGCAGAGUGCAGACUGGUGGUUGAGCCGAGCCCCCAAGAUGAAAGUGAAUUCUUGUAUGCGGCACAGCCGGAGCUGCUGAGGUUCAGGACCACCCAGCUGGCAGUGGAGAAGGCGAUGGACUGGUAUCAGACCCGAGCGGAGGAGAUAGAGCGUCACGCUGGACAGGUCGACUGCGCACUAUCCCUGAUUCGGCUUGGAAUGGAGCGGAACAUUCCCGGCUUGUUCGUUCUGUGCGAUAACUUGGUUACUCUGGAAGCAUUGGUCUACGAGGCCGGGUGCGACCUAACCCUGACCUUGAAGGAGCUCCAGCAGAUGAAAGACAUUGAAAAACUAAGAUUACUGAUGAAUAGUUGUUCUGAGGACAAGUAUGUGACAAGCGCCUACCAGUGGAUGGUUCCCUUCCUUCAUCGCUGUGAGAAGCAGUCUCCUGGUGUGGCCAAGGAGCUGUUAAGAGAGUAUCUGGUGACUUUAGCUAAAGGGGACUUGAAACUUCCCUUGAAGAUAUUUCAGCAUUCCAAACCAGAUCUGCAGCAGAAAAUUAUUCCUGACUGGGACCAACUGAUGGCAGUCGCCCUGGACUGCAUCUAUAGCUGUGAGCGGAGUGACCAGCUCUUCCUUUGCUAUGACAUUCUUGAAUGUCUGCCGCAGAGGGGAUAUGGCCCUAAGACAGAGGUAACCACUGCUCUUCAUGACAUGGUAGAUCAACUGGAACAAAUUCUCAGUGUGUCAGAGCUGUUGGAGAAACAUGGACUCGAGAAGCCAGUUUCAUUUGUUAAAAACACUCAGUCAAGCUCAGAAGAGGCACGCAAGCUGAUGGUGAGGCUGACCAGGCACACCGGUCGGAAGCAGCCUCCCGUCAGUGAGGCCCACUGGAGGAUGCUGCUCCAAGACAUGCUAACUAUGCAACAGAAUGUUUACACAUGUCUUGAGUCGGAUGCUUGCUACGAGAUAUUUGCAGAAAGCCUCCUGUGUUCCAGUCGCCUCGAGAAUAUCCGCCUGGCUGGACAGAUGAUGCAGUGCCUCGCUGGUCCCACAAACCCACCGGCGAGCGCAGCCCAGAAGGGGAAAACCCCGUACAGGGUCAGCUACGAGAAAAGCACCGGCUUGGUGUUAGCUGCCAGCAGAGAGUACUUCAAUUCUUCUGCCAGCCUUUCCGACAGCUGCAUGGACCUGGCCAGGUGCUGCUUACAGCUGAUAAUAGAUAGGCCACCUGCCAUUCAAGAGGAGCUUGAUCUUAUCCAGGCCGUGGGGUGUCUGGAAGAAUUUGGGGUAAAGAUCCUGCCUUUGCAAGUGCGCCUGUGCUCUGAUCGAGUUGGCCUCAUCAAGGAGUGUAUUUGCCAGUCCCCCACGUGCUACAAGCAGUCCACAAAGCUUCUGGGCCUGGCUGAACUGCUGAGGGUAGCCGGUGAAGAUGCUGAAGAAAGGCGAGGGCAGGUUCUGACCCUUCUGGUUGAGCAGGCGCUUCGUUUCCAUGACUACAAAGCAGCCAGUGGGCACUGCCGGGAGCUGAUGGCCGCAGGUUAUUCUAAAAGUUGGGAUGUCUGUAGCCAGUUAGGACAGUCGGAAGGUUUCCGGGACUUGGCCACUCGUCAGGAGCUCAUGGCAUUUGCUCUGACGCACUGUCCCCCCGGCAGCAUUGAGCCUCUCCUGGCGGCUAGCAGCUCUCUGCAGACAGAGAUUCUUUACCAAAGAGUGAAUUUCCAGAUCCACCGGGAAGGCGAGGAGAGUACAGGGCCGCCCGAGGAUGAGGUCAGUGUUCCAGGUGGCAGCUCAGCGGACCUGCUGCACUGGACCACGGCCACCACCAUGAAAGUCCUGUCCAACACCACGACCACCACUAGGGCGGUGCUGCAGGCGGUCAGCGACGGGCAGUGGUGGAAGAGGUCUCUCACAUACCUCCGGCCCCUCCAGGGGAAAGAAUUGGGUGAUGCUUAUCGAAGUGGGACCAAUGAAGGUCUAGAGAAGCAAGGCUGCCAUCCCUUUUAUGCAUCUGUCCUCUCUAGCCCGUUCAUCUCAGAGCCCGAGCUAGCCUACGGCGCCUGUCAGCACAUCCCAGGAGAGAGCUUUGCAGAGGUGUUGCUGAGAACCGGGAAGCUGGCAGAGACGAAAACGGAAGGAGAGGAAGUGUUUCCAACCACAGAAGUUCUCUUGCAACUAGCAAGCGAUGCUUUACCAAGUGACAUGACCCUGGCUCUUGCUUACCUCCUGGCCUUACCACAGGUGUUAGAUGCCAACCGGUGCUUUGAGAAGCAGUCGCGCUCUGCCUUGUCCCUCCAGCUGGCGGCAUAUUACUACAGCCUGCAGAUCUAUACCCGUCUGGCCCCCUGCUUCAGGGACAGGUGCCAUCCUCUCUACAGGGCUGAUCCAAAAGAGCUGAUCACGAUGGUCACCAGGCAUGUGACCCAAUACGGACACGAAGCCUGGCCUGAGGACGUCGUCUCACUGACCAAGCAGCUGCACUACUACAAUGAGCGGCUGCUGGAUUUCACGCAGGCUCAGGUCCUGCAGGGCCUGCGCAAGGGGGUGGACGUGCAGCGCUUCACUGCGGACGACCAGUAUAAGAGGGAGACGAUCCUCGGUCUGGCAGAAACCCUUGAGGAAGACGUCUACAGCAUCGCUCUUUCCCUGGCGCAGCGUUACAGUGUUUCCCGCUGGGAAGUCUUUAUGACCCACCUGGAGUUCUUGUUCAGCGAUAGUGGUUUGUCCACAGUAGAGAUUGAAAAUCGAGCCCAAGCCCUUCGUCUCUUUGAGACUUUGAAGACUGAUCCUGAAGCCUUUCACAAGCACAUGGUCAAGUACAUUUACCCCACCAUCGGGGGCUUUGAUCACGAGCGGCUGCUGUACUAUUUCACCCUCCUGGAAAGCUGUGGCUAUGUGGAUCUGGGGAAGUCUGCCAUUAAACCCGAAACCCACAUUCGGCUGCUGAAGAAGUUUAAGGUAGUCGCCUCAGGUCUCAAUUACAAAAAGCUGAUAGAGGAAAACACGGACCCUCUGGAGGCACUGGAGCCAGUCCUUUCAAGUCAGAACAUCUUAUCCAUUUCCAAGCUUGUUCCCAAAAUCCCCGACAAGGAUGGACGGGCGCUCUCCCCGAGCUCCCUAUACACCAUCUGGCUGCAGAAGUUGUUCUGGACGGGGGACCCUCACCUCAUUAAGCAAGCCCCGGGGUCCUCGCCAGAGUGGCUCCGUGCCUUCGAGGUCUGCGGGAAGUACUUUGAUCGCCUCCACCCAGGGGACCUCAUCACGGUGCUGGACGCAAUUACAUUUUCUCCAAAAGCUGUGACCAAGCUGUCCGUGGAAGCACGUAAAGAGAUGACUAGCAAGGCUAUUAAGACAGUCAAGCAUUUUAUUGAGAAGCCACGGAAAAGGAAUUCAGAAGAAGAUGUCCAAGAAGCUGUGGAUUCUAAAGUGACCUACGCAGACACCUUGAGUCACCUGGAGAAGUCACUCGCUCACCUGGAUACCCUGAGCCACAGCUUCAUCGUCUCUCUUCAGAGCAGUGAGCAGGAAAUACUGCAGAAAUACAGUCGCCUGUAUGAUCUGUCCCGGUCAGAAAAAGGGAAGCUUCAUGAUCAAGCCGUGGCCAUGUGUUUGGAUGGUCAGCCUCUCGUGAUGAUUCAGCAGCUGCUCGCUGUGGCCGUGGGCCCUCUUGACCUCUCGCCCAAGGACGUAGUCCGGAGUGCAGUAACGAAAAUCAUCUCUGCGUUGAGCGGAGGCAGCGACCUUGGUGGGCCCCGGGAUCCACUCCAGGUUCUGGAAGGUGUUGUUGCAGCCGUCCAUGCCAGCGUGGACAAGGGGGAGGAGCUGGUGUCCCCUGAGGACCUGCUGGAGUGGCUGCGGCCUUUCUGUGCUGAUGACACGGGGCCCGUGAGGCCCCGAGUCCGUGCGCUGCAGAUUCUGGGACAGUCAUUCCACCUGACCGAGGAGGACAGCAAGCUCCUUAUGUUCUUUAGAACGGAAGCCAUCCUCAGAGCCACGUGGCCCCAGAGGCAGGUGGCCGUGACCGACGUUGAAAGCGAAGAGAACCGCUACGCGCUCUUCUCGGAGCUCCUGGAGUCCAGCCACCAGGAGGCUGAGUUUCAGCACUUGGUUUUGCUCUUGCAAGCGUGGCCACCCAUGAGUCAUGAGCAUGUAACCAGCGUGACUAGUAACCCUUGGGUGAGACUGGCCACGGUGAUGCUCAGCAGGUGUACGAUGGAGAACAGGGAAGCCCUGGGGAGUGAAGUUCUGAAAAUCUGUCGCGCUCUGUACAACACCACGCAGAUGCUCCCUGCCCAGUGUGUGGAGGAGCUGUGCGCGCUGCUGCGGAGCCAGGCCCUGCUGCUGCCGGCCCUGAAGCUUCUUCUCGAGAGCCCGGACGAGCGUCUGCGCGAGGUGGCCCUGGAGCAGGUUGCCACCGUCACCAAGCAGGCGACUUCGGCUAAAUACAAAGCCCCCGGGACUCAGCGCUUGUGCUGUAGGUGUCGUAACUACGCAGAAGCAGCUCCUGGCUCCAGCCCCUCAGAGGCCACGCCGUCCGACCCUUCGGCUGCAUCUGCCGUCCAUCAGCGAUUCUAA